AUGUCCACAAAGCCGACGGUAGGCUUUGUCGGCCUGGGCGCCAUGGGCUUUGGCAUGGCCACCCAUCUGGUCAAACAGGGAUAUCCCGUCAAGGGAUUCGAUGUCUUUGAAAAGUCGCGCGAGCGCUUCCGGGAAGCUGGUGGCAUCGCAGUCUCCUCGCUGCGGGAGUCGGCAGAAGGCAACCUGUACUAUGUCUGCAUGGUGGCCUCUGCACCGCAGGCUCAGGAGGUGUUAUUCAACAAGGAGACUGGAAUUGUAAAUGUUCUACCCCAGGGUGCAACAUUCCUCCUCUGCUCAACCGUUCCCUCCUCCUAUGCGCAAUCGGUCGCACAGCAGCUCAAGGAACACGGCCGGGAUGACAUCUAUUUCAUCGACAGUCCCGUCUCCGGCGGUGCCAAACGAGCCGCGGAUGGCACGCUCUCCAUCAUGGCUGGUGCGUCGGAUGCAGCCCUGGAGAAAGGCAGAUUUCUUCUACAGGAGAUGUCAGACUCGAACAAGCUGUAUCUUGUCCCCGGAGGCAUUGGGGCUGGCAGCAACAUGAAGAUGGUCCACCAAGUCCUGGCUGGAAUCCAUAUCCUCGGAGCCAGUGAAGCCAUGGGCCUUGCGGCUAGAUUGGGCCUGGAUGCGAAGGAGACGGCGGAUGCCAUCAUUAACUCAGAAGCUUGGACAUGGAUGCACGAGAACCGCUUUCCUCGGAUGCUUGCAGAGGACUGGAACCCAGGUGCGAGUGCGCUGACAAUUAUUCUAAAGGAUGUGGGUAUUAUCACUGCCACAGCCCGCCUACACAGCUUCCCGACUCCUCUCUCCUCCACGGCCGAACAGACCUACCUCUCCGGUGUGCUUUUUGGCUAUGGCCCGAAGGACGACUCCGCCAUGGUCCGCCUGUACUUCCCCGACCCCAUUGCCCAGGUUAGCAGCACGAAGUCUGCCGUCGAGAAGACCUCUGCUCUGAACCUGGUCAAGGCCCUCUUGGUCAACCUUAACAUCGUUGCUGCCGCAGAAGCCAUUGCCUUUGCACGCCACCUCAAGGUCGAUCUGCAGCAGUUUUACGGUCUGGUGAACGAAGCUGCCGGUGCGAGCGCGCAGUUCAAGGCCCGGGGUCCAGAGAUGAUCGAAGGUCUGGAAAGCGGCGAGGCUCCUGUGGGAACUUUGACUGUAGAUGACGCAGUCAACGAGCUUUCAACGGUUGUCGCAGAGGCGAGACUAUUGAACUGCCCGCUGCAUCUGGCUGCUGAAGCGCUGACCUUGUUCACGUUUGCGCAGAAGAGAGGGUACGGCAAGGAGGCGGCCGCGAGUGUGCUGAAGGUGUGGGAGAAAUAG